GCAUAGAGUGCAGCAGUAGCAGCAGCAGGAGAGGAGGGAGAUGUAAAGAUGCUCAGGGGCAGAUCAGACGGGGUGGGCGCUGAAUUGUCGCACAGGGGCAGUUGCUAAGGGACCAGAGUGAGGGCAAGCACAGGGUACCCCAAUAAGGGCUGUGAGAGGAGGGCGCAGGCAGUAUACAUGGGUUUAAGAGAAGGGAGAUAAGAGCGCUGAGAGUUGGCUGAAAGUGCAAGAAAGGAGAGUCGCAUAUUAACAGGAGACGAGCUGAGGACACAGAAUCCUAGAGCGCUGAUAUUCGGAAAGUAGUGGCGGAGAGAGGCGCAAGUUACGCAAGAGAAGACCAAGGAGGUGCUGCGCGGAAAUUGAGGUGCAGAGCGCGGGAGAGGCGCAUGGGAAGGUCCGACAUGUUAGUGCUGUGGCUGCUGUGGGGGAGUCUGGUCCUGACUGGAGGGAACCCGAGCGCAAAAGACGUCAGCAAAGGACUGGAUUGGCUGACAAGAUAUGGCUACCUUCCUCCUCCAGACCCUUUUUCAGCUCAGCAGCAAACACUGGAGGGGCUUCGCGAGGCAGUCAAGGCUAUGCAAAGAGUAGCAGGCUUGCCGGAAACCGGGGAACUGGAUGAUGCGACUGUGCUCAUGAUGAAAAAGCCACGAUGUUCACUUCCCGAUAUCAUUAUGAGGCCCGAGCGCCGCUCUCGUCGCACUAAGAGAUAUGUUCUGAGCGGCUCUGUGUGGGAUAAAAAGUUGCUGAGUUGGAGGUUGGAAAACUCCCCCAGUACCCUGUCGCAUGAUGUCACCCGCACCCUGAUAAACACUGCUCUUGCAGUCUGGAGCCAAGAGACGCAACUGAAAUUUAGUGAAACGCAAGAGAAGUCCGACAUACGUGUAGAAUUUGUUGCUGGGUCCCAUGGAGAUGGCUAUCCCUUUGAUGGUCAAGGAGGAACUCUAGGUCAUGCUUUCUUCCCUGGUGUGGGGGAUAGGUCUGGAGACACUCAUAUGGAUGCGGAUGAAUCUUGGUCAUAUAAUACCGAGGACGGUACUGACCUCUUCGCAGUGGCAGUUCAUGAAUUCGGACACUCUCUAGGGCUGUAUCACUCUUCCAGUGAAAACUCCAUCAUGAAGCCGUACUAUCAGGGGACUGUAGGGGACCCAACCAAAUACCGACUGCCCCCUGAUGACGUGGAGGGGAUACAAAUUCUUUAUGGUCGUCCAGAAUUUGGGAACAGACCUCCUGCUGUUACACCAACCAGGCGCGUCCUCCCGCCACGUGGGCCCACUCCAGGAUCCCGUCUCCCAUUCCCAGAUCGCUGCUCAACCAACUUCGAUGCCAUUGCCAACAUCCGAGGAGAAGCGUUCUUCUUUAAGAACAGGUAUUUCUGGAGAGUGCAGUCCUCAAGGCAGUUGGUCUCACUCAACCCUGCUCACCUCAACCGUUUUUGGCUGGGACUCCCUCCUGACCUGCCCAAAUUGGACGCCGUGUAUGAGAGAAACAAUGACAGCAAGAUUGUGUUUAUUGCGGGAAACUCGUUCUGGGUUUUCAAGGACACUUUGGUGGAACCAGGAUACCCUCGUCCUUUGUCCGACUUCGGACUGAAUACAGACGGAGUGGAUGCAGCUUUUGUUUGGAAGCACAACCUCAAGACCUACUUCUUUCGUAAAAAUCUGUUCUGGAGGUUUGAUGACAAUAGAGGACAGAUGGACUCUGGGUACCCAAAAGACAGCAGAUUAUGGGAAGGCGUGCCAUCUGAUAUCGAUGACAUAAUAAGCUGGGAAAACGGUGACACUUAUUUCUUCAAGGGAAAGCAGUACUGGAAAUUCCAAGGAGGCAACGUGGAGGCAGAGCCGGGAUACCCCCAGAGCACCGCACUGAACUGGAUGUACUGUCCUAUGGAAAGCCCCGCCAUUCCUACGGAUGACCCAGAAGGCAGGGGUCAGAGAGACUGCAGCUGCAUUUGCAUCGAUGGAAGGAAUUCGGCGACAAGGUCUGGCCUCCUUUGGCCGGCGUGGUUGACUUUUGUCUUUCAUUUGCUGCUUCUUCUGCGCUAACGCUAGACAACUGCUCAGACAUAAUCUACAGCCUAGCCCUGAGUCUUUUGUUUAAAGAGCAGCCUCACAUGGGAACUCGCGCAGCAUGGAAGACAUUAAAAUAUCGACCAACCGCAGACUCAGAGGGGACUCUGUACCAAGCCCACGGCAGUGACUAAUACAACCUCCGGGUUUUGCCCAUUCUUUUAUUGACAGAAAGGAUUCUCUCGCUGUACAGAUUACAAAAAAAAAAAAAAAGAUUUUAAACACAUAACAUAAGUCUCACUUUUUAAAUUCACUUAUUACGAAAUUGCUGAUGCAGAACGAAAGACGGGAGCUGGGUUGGGCAGACGUAACCUAGACGGCGGGGGAGGGGGGGGGAUAUACGGAGUCUAUAGACGGCAUCUCCCAGUAGAGGGCUGGGUGGCGUCACCCGCAAGGGAGGACACAACCCGAGUGAGGUGGGUGCAAGUUCACAUUUCAUAUUCCGUGUUUAAGAUAGUCGGGACAACGUGGGCAAGAGAGCCAAUCCUGGGGUGAAUGUAGCCGUCCCAAUGUAGUGCAGUCAGACACAGUAUGGAUGCAGGGGAGUCACAGGCCCCCUGUAUCAGUCACAGUUUCAGCUGCCUCAGACCCCCCCCCCC